CACGCAUGCGCACUAGAGCGUAGCUGACAGAUUUCAAACUGGACGGCGGGUAAAAACAAACACAACAAAGAUUCACUGUGAAGAGUUUGACCUAAAAGAGAGAGAAAAUGACCAGCACGUUGAAGGGGAUUACUCUGAAGGGAAGCGCCGAGCUGGUGGCCGAGUUCUUCUCAUUUGGCAUCAACAGCAUCCUGUACCAGCGGGGCAUAUAUCCUCCAGAGACAUUCACCAGAGUCACAAACUACAACAUGAGCCUUCAACUGACCACUGAUACCAAACUGAAGACCUACCUGACCAACGUGGUGGCUCAGCUCAAAGACUGGCUGUUUGAGUGCACGGUGCAGAAGUUGGUGUUGGUGAUCACAUGUCUGGAAACCAACGAGGUGCUGGAGAGAUGGCAGUUUGACAUCGAGUGUGACAAAUCAGCCAAGGAGAACAGUGCUCCCAGAGAGAUGUCCAUUAAGACCAUUCAGGAGGAGAUCCGCUCAGUUAUCAGGCAGGUAACCGCCACGGUUACGUUCCUGCCGCUGCUGGAGACGCCAUGUGCAUUUGACCUCCUUGUCUACACAGACAAAGACCUGAUAGUUCCCGAGAAGUGGGAAGAGUCCGGGCCGCAGAUCAUCGACCAAUCGGAGGAGGUGCGUUUACGCUCCUUCACCACUUCCAUCCACAAGGUGAACAGCAUGGUGGCGUACAAGAGGACCGACUCAGCUUAGACCUCUGAACCGUGAUCGCCCCCCCCCCCCCCCCCCCCCCCCCCCCCCCCCCUCCAACCUAUGAGCUGCAACCACUGCCCUCUGAUAGAAAGCAGUAGACGUUACAGUGCCCUGUCCUACCUCACUGUCCAGCACCCUGUACACAGAGAACCCAGUUGUUCUCCUGCUGUCGUCUUCACUUUGUCUCACUGAUCUGUUUGAGAAGGACGUGACAGCUACCUGCUCUGUCUACGCUGAUGUAAAUAUUUCUCAUAAGCAGUUAUCUGUCUAUUAGAAAACAACUGUCUCUUUUCUUUACUAUAAUUUCCCCCUUUUGUCUUCUAGUUGUCACAAUCUGUUUUAGAAACUAGUGGUUUAUAUGUUAAACUUUUAUAAAAUGUCAUAAAUAAAUGUCUUUCACAAAGGUU